GCCACCGGAGAACAAUACCGUCAAUACGACACAGGAAAGUUCAUCCGUGCCGACCGUGAACAGACAAGUGGUGGAAGGACAAUGCGAGGCAAAUCCUUCUACAAUGGCUGGUGUUGUGGGCAACAUUGGGCCGUUUGAUGACACGGUGGAGCAAUGGAGCGCCUACACAGAGCGUUUUGAGUUCUUCGUCUUGGCAAAUGGAAUUAGCGCGGAGAAAAAGGUAGCUACUUUCCUCACAGUAAUGGGCGCAAAGACUUUCAAUGUUUUCCGCGCUCUGAUACAGCCCAAGAAGCCAGGAGAGUUCACAUAUGACAAUAUUGUUAAAACACUAAGUGAACAUUUCUCGCCCAAGCCGUUGAUGAUCGCUGAACGUUUCAGAUUUUAUAAACGUAAUCAGGAGGAGGGUGAGACAGUGACUAUGUUUGUAGCUGCGCUCAGGAAAUUAGCAGAGCACUGUGAAUUCACCGAGGACACGCUUAAAGAUGCAAUUCGCGACCGGCUGGUCUGUGGACUGCGCAGCGAAGCUGCACAGAGAAAACUGCUGACUGUGGAAAAUUUAACUCUGACCAAAGCAAUUGAAAUCAGUGUGUCGAUGGAAUUGGCUGCCAAAGAGGCACAGCAGCUGAGUGCAUCCACGGCUAAAGUGCUGAAGAUUGCUGGUGCUGAGGACAGCUCGCCAACGAGGCCAUGCUAUCGCUGUGGCCAACCGGGGCAUUCGGCAGCAGAGUGCUGGUGUAAAGACUUGGACUGCCAUGCCUGUGGAAAAAAAGGUCACGUUGAAAAGGCCUGUCGUGGCAAGAAAAAGGGGACUCAGUCUACACAGAAAAACACUUACAAAUACAAGAGAGCUGCUACACAUAAGAAAAAAGUACAUGUGAUGGAAAAGGAAAAUAGUGCCAGCGAAUCCACUGAUGAGGAAUUGCCCCUCCACAUUCUUUCGCUGCCCGGAGGGUCUGACAGCUACUGGACAACACCCUUGCUGGAGGGUAAUCCGGUGCGGAUGGAAAUCGACACUGGGGCAGCAGUAUCACUGGUUUCAGAGACAGUGUAUAAAGAACACUUACACCACUUACCAAUCCAACGAGCUCGAGUGGUGCUGAAGACCUACACUGGGGAGACAGUGGCGGUCAAAGGCCUGGUCAAGGUCAAGGUGGAGCUAAAUGGACAAUGUGUAAAGCUUCCCUUAUAUGUUGUUCGAGGCAAUUACCCGUCCCUGCUAGGCCGCGCAUGGAUGGAUAAAGUGCGGAUUGACUGGCCUACCGUCCGCAUGCUGAGUCAAGGGGAAACAGCUCUGGAAGCUGUCUUAAAGAAACACGGCGAACUCUUCACGGAUGGACUCGGGCACAUGAAAGGUAUCACUGCAAAGCUGACCAUAAAACCAGGCAGCACUCCCCGAUUCAUUAAAGCAAGGCCAGUCCCGUACGCACUGCGUCCAAAAGUUGAAAAAGAGCUGGACAAUCUGGUGAAUAGCGGGGUGCUCGAGCCUGUGGCUAUCAGUGACUGGGCUACCCCAAUCGUGCCCGUCCUUAAGAAAAAUGGUAGCCUACGAAUAUGCGGCGAUUUCAAAGUGACUGUUAACCCAGCCUUGCAAAAUGAACACUACCCGCUGCCCCUCAUCGAAGACCUGUUCGCGGGUCUAGCAAAUGGCAAACAGUUCAGUAAAAUUGACCUGAACCAGGCUUACCUACAGAUGCCUGUAGACCCCGAGUCCAAAGAGCUACUGACAGUCAGCACGCACAAGGGCCUUUUCCGGUACCGCCGUUUGGCCUUUGGGAUCACAUCGGCCCCUGCACUUUUCCAAAAGGCCAUGGAUCAGAUUCUGGCGGGGCUUCCGGGGGUGCAGUGCUACUUGGACGAUAUCCUCGUAACGGGGAGGGACAACGCCGACCACCUCCACAACCUGGACAUGACACUACAGAGGCUGAGGGAAUAUGGACUGAAAGUUCGAAAGGAAAAAUGUGAGUUUUUCCAGUCCUCCAUUGAAUAUCUAGGUCAUGUGAUUGACGGCAAGGGUCUACACAAGGCCCCCUCCAAGACCAAAGCCAUUUUGGAAGCCCCAGCACCACAAAAUGUCAACCAGCUACGCUCUUACCUGGGGCUCCUGAACUACUAUGGCCGGUUCAUUCCCAAUCUCUCCACCUUAUUGAAGCCCCUCCACGAGCUGCUGAGGCAAGGUAAGAAAUGGGAGUGGUCAGAGACUUGCCAAUUGGCUUUCGCCAACUCAAAGAAAGCCCUGCUGAACUCAGAGGUGCUGACCCACUUUGACCCAGCACUGCCACUACAGUUAGCCUGUGACGCGUCCCCCUAUGGGGUUGGCGCAGUUGUCUCACACAUCAUGCCGGACGGCACAGACAAACCCAUUGCUUUCGCCUCUAAGACCCUCAACAAGGCUGAAUGUAACUAUGCGCAGAUCGAGCGGGAGGCUCUCAGCAUCGUGUUCGGGAUUAGAAAAUUCCAUCAGUACCUCUUCGGAAGGAGAUUUACGCUGCUGACCGACCACAAACCGCUAACAGCCUUGCUGGGACCACAUGCGGGCAUUCCACCGUUGGCCGCAAGCAGAAUGCAGAGAUGGGCCCUACUGCUCUCAGGCCACGACUACGACAUAAAGUACCGGCGAUCGGAACUACACGGUAAUGCGGAUGGCCUCUCCCGCCUACCGCUCCCCGUGGCGAGGCCAAUGACACGACAAAAUGACAUAUUCUACUUCCAGCAGGUGAGCGACACCCCUGUCACCGCAAAACAAGUGAGACAUGCCACACGGAACGACCCGGUGUUAUCGGCAGUAAUGGAGGCCAUCACGAAAGGCAGGAGAAUCUCAAACACAGCUGACAGCAAACCAUACUUGGCCAGGCAACAAGAACUGUCUGCACAGUCUGGUUGUCUGCUGUGGGGCAGAAGGGUCGUCAUACCCCCCUCUCUGCAGAGCCCCAUGCUGAAACAACUCCACGUCGGACACUGUGGCAUAGUGCGCAUGAAGGAGCUGGCUCGCAGCUAUUUCUGGUGGCCGGGGCUAGACAAGCAGAUUGAGGACAAUGCGGGCCGUUGCACCACCUGCCAGCCCGGGCGAAACGCACCACAACCAGCGCCAGUCCACCCAUGGGAAUGGCCGGCGGAGCCAUGGCAGCGUAUACACAUUGACUUUGCUGGGCCAUUCGAGGACAGAAUGUUUUUGGUGGUGGUGGACGCGCACAGCAAAUGGCCAGAUGUGGCCAUCAUGAGGUCUACAACCACCGGGAAAACCAUAGAGCGACUGGAGGAAAUGUUCAGUCGGUACGGAAUACCAGAACAGCUGGUGAGUGACAACGGGCCCCAGCUUGUCUCCGAAGAGAUGGAGGCUUUCCUCAAAAUGAAUGGAAUUCAACACAUUAAGUCAGCACCCUACCACCCGUCCACAAAUGGGCUGGCUGAGAGAUUUGUGCAAACCUUAAAGCACAGCCUCAAGGCAUCCGUGUCCCAAGGCUCCCUUCAUCAGCGACUGCACAGUUUCCUGCUGACGUACAGGAACACACCACACAGCACCACUAAAGCGUCUCCUGCUGAGCUCCUCCUAAAAAGAGCGUUGCGCACCCAACUGGACUGCAUACGCCCUCCGUCCAGGGGCCAAAUUGUUCAGAGCAGUCAACAAGAGCAGAGCCGACGUAGGUCAGGCACACCACGGUCUUUUCACAUAGGAGACCCUGUCCUAGCUCGCAAUUACCUAAGGGGGCCCAAGUGGGUGCCAGCCGUGAUAGUGGCCAUUACUGGUCCGCUGUCAUACCAAGUACGCACAAACAAUGAUGCUGUGUGGCGUCGUCACACUGACCAACUGUUGGCCCGCAAGGGCCCCGCUUCGGAGCCAACGGGCUCUCCUGCACCCGACAUCACCGGCCAGGCAGACCCUGUGGAGGGCCUGGCUGCCUCGGACACCCUGCCGGCUACACUUCAGGAGGACAACGCUACAGAUCAGGUCCCCGAGCCCCCACCGACAGCGGAAGCAGCGCCGCCGCCGCCGUCGUCGUCUCCGCCGUCUCCGGUGAACCACCAUUCUCACCGGUACCCCACGCGCGAGCGACGGCCUCCUGACCGUCUGGACUUAUAGCUGCUUCCUCGCUGACGGAAUGUCAUAUCCUUUUUUGUUAAAAACGUAUGGGUUAUGUUAUACGUUAUAGGUUACCUUAUCUUUGUCUUUGGGGGGCUAAUCUUACAGAAUAUGGGGGGAGGAAAUGUUAGGUAUUAAACCGGGUUUGCCUUUCAUUAUGUUUGUGCCAAUGUGGUUACCGUACCCCCAUAAUGCCCUCGGGGCUGACUUCCUGUAUCUUGCCCAGUUCAGUAUGUGAAGUAAACGAACC